GCCCGGCCCGAGGCCCGGCGAAACCCCGAGUCCCACCGGCCCCGACGGCCGAGGAGGCGGCGGUAGCGGUGGCGAGGUGGCGACAUGGCCUUUGUCUCGGAAGGUGACUUUCAUCACAGUUCCAACUCCACCUAUAGAACCGCGAGCAGCUCUGUCCACACGGACCAGGAAGCACUGCUCGAGAAGCUUCCGGACUGCCCCCUGCCCCCACUGCAGAGGCCCGAGGACCGCUUCAAUGGGGCCUACAUCAUCUUCUUCAGCCUUGGCAUUGGCGGCCUUCUGCCAUGGAACUUCUUUGUCACUGCCAAGGAGUAUUGGAUAUUCAAACUCUGCAACUGCUCCAGCCCAGGCCCAGGAGAGGAAAGUGAGGACUCAGACAUCCUGAACUACUUUGAGAGCUACCUUUCCAUCGCUUCCACCGUGCCCUCCGUGCUGUGCCUCGCCGUGAACUUCCUGCUUGUCAACAGAGUUGCGAUUCAUGUCCGUGUGCUGGCCUCGCUCGCUGUCAUGCUGGCCAUCUUCGUGGUGAUGACCGCGCUGGUGAAGGUGGACACCUCCUCCUGGACCCGCAGCUUCUUUGCUGUCACCAUUGCCUGCAUGGCCAUCCUCAGUGGCUCCUCCACCGUCUUCAACAGCAGCAUCUUCGGCAUGACUGGCUCCUUCCCUAUGAGGAAUUCCCAGGCGCUGAUAUCAGGAGGAGCCAUGGGCGGCACCAUCAGCGCCGUGGCCUCCCUGGUGGACCUGGCGCUGUCCAAUGACGUGACAGAGAGCACCCUGGCCUUCUUCCUGACUGCGGACGUCUUCCUCAGCCUCUGCAUCGGGCUCUACCUGCUGCUGCCGAGGCUGGAGUACGCCAGGUACUACCUGAGGCCCGUGAGGCCGCCCCGCGUGUUUUCUGGUGAAGAACCGCCGCCCCAGGACUCCUCCGGUGACCCUUCGGUGGCUCCCAGAUCCAGCACCUGCCCAACGCCACCCCUCCGCCCCAUCCUAAAGAGGACAGCAGGCCUGGGCUUCUGUGUCAUCUACCUCUUCUUCAUCUCCAGCAUCAUCUUCCCCGCCAUCUCCACCAACAUUGAGUCCCUCGACAAGGACUCGGGCUCACCGUGGACCACCAAGUUCUUCAUCCCCAUUACUGCCUUCCUCCUGUUCAACUUUGCUGACCUGUGUGGCCGGCAGAUCACAGCCUGGGUCCAGGUGCCGGGGCCCAGAAGUAAGGUGCUCCCUGCACUCGUGCUGCUCCGGACCGGCCUUGUCCCCCUCUUCAUGUUCUGCAACUUCCAGCCCCGUGUCCACCUGCAGACGGUCUUCCCAUCUGACAUCUACCCAGUGGUAUUCAGCUCCCUACUGGGGCUCAGCAAUGGCUACCUCAGCACCCUGGCCCUCAUCUACGGACCUAAGAUUGUGUCCAGGGAGCUGGCCGAGGCCACAGGGGUGGUGAUGUCUUUUUACAUGUACGUGGGCUUGGUACUCGGCUCAGCCUGCUCUGCCCUGCUUGUGCAUCUCAUCUAGAAGGGGUGGGUGGCAAGAGAGUUGGUGCAAGCUCGGUGAGAGGGGCAGGACCUGCCGGGAGGGCUCAGGGGAUGCACAGAGAGAUAUGGAGUUGGCCUCAGCGCAGAGGGCCGAGCACACCUGGGCCUCGUCUCCCCAGGGAGCUGGGGACACGAACUGCCUCCCUGCCAGGCAGAGAUGUUCCAGACACUUCAACGGCACACUGCUGAGACUCUUCUCCAAGAGACACCUGAAUAAGCCACAGUUACACAGGCACAAAGCGGGGUGUCACUAUCCUAGUGGAUGGUUACAUCCUGCCUUUCUUUACAGCCUUCUGGGGGCUGUGUUGCCAGUGUUUGGCUCAGGUAAGUGCCAAAACCCAGCCUUGCUCCUUCCAGCCGACAGCAGGAUGUGAGUCCUCAGCUCUCCCUAACCAGAGGGUCCCCCCCCCCC